CAUUCGAUUAUCGGCUUGCACCUCAAAACCAAUUUCCUGCCGCAUUACAAGAUGCAUUGGCUGCUUAUUUAUAUCUCUUAAGUCCCCCAAAGGAUGCAGGAUUUGAACCUUUAGAUCCAAAAAAAUAUCUUUAUGGCUGGUUCUAUUCUAAUGCCGGUGGUGGUUUAGGUAUAGCUUUGGAACUUGUCAUACGUGAUGCAGGAUUGCCAAUGUGUGCUGGCAUAAUCGGAUGGCCUUUGCCUUCAGUUUUGAGUAGUAAAUAUGACACUACUGAUUAUGUCAGUAUUUUACUUAUGAUGGCAUCAAUAAUAUUUGAUAAAAAUAAUCCUUGUGUUACUCAAGUUGAAAUUGAUUAUAAAGAAAAGGCUGCUGCGCUCUCGGCAAAAAUCAAAAACAAAAUGUUGAACCAAAAAUUUAGUAUGAUUCGUUUGAUAGAACUGAGAGAAUGCAAAUGUAUGUUCCUAUUGAAGGUAGCAAUACCAUAUGUUGGCUGA